AUACACACACACACAUUUCACAUACACAUACACAAACACACACACACACACACAUACACACAACAAACCCCCACGCUGCGGGAGAGAUGGCGGGGAUUUUCGGGAAGAUCUUCGUGGGGAUUUACGUGGAGAUAAAGCGGAGCGACGGACGAAUACACCAGGCGAUGGUCACAUCACUGCACGAGGACAAUGAGAGUGUGACGGUGGAGUGGAUCGAGAACGGGGACACCAAAGGGAAAGAGAUCGACCUGGAGAGCAUCUUCGCCCUGAAUCCAGAUGUUGCUCCCGAUGAAGAGAUACCACAGAGUCCUGAGGCUCCUCUCCCUCCCUCUAACGUUGCCAAAACCAGCAAAGUUACCAAGACCAGACGGAUCACGGCGAUACCGAAGGCGGAGAACGCUCCACGGGAGAAUCGAGCUGCAGCAGUGGGAACCACCCGGGCCCGUCCCAGCCAGCACAGCCAAGCCGCCGAGCCCCCUCCGCCCGCCAUCGCUCCCCAGCCGGCGCUCACCCAGGCCCAGAUCCAGCAGCAGCAGCAGAACGCGCGGAGGAAAUCCAACUGUGUGAAGGAGGUGGAGAAACUGCAGGAGAAACGAGAGAAGAGACGACUUCAGCAGCAGGAGCUCAGAGAGAAGAGAGCUCAGGAGGUGGACGUCAAUUUACCAAACUAUGAGAUCAUGUGUAUGAUCAGAGACUUCAGAGCCAGUCUGGACUACAGGCCUUUAACCACCAACGACCUGAUCGAGGAGCACAGGAUAUGUGUGUGUGUACGUGCGCGUCCCCUCAAUAAAAAAGAGGUGUCGGUGAAGGAUCUGGACGUGAUCACCAUUCCCAGCAAGGACGUGGUCAUGGUCCACGAGCCCAAGCAGAAGGUCGACCUGACGCGUUACCUGGAGAACCAGACUUUCCGAUUCGACUACGCCUUCGACGAGAACUCCACCAACGAGAUGGUUUACAGGUUCACCGCUCAGCCGCUGGUCGAGACCAUUUUCGAGAGGGGGAUGGCGACCUGCUUCGCAUACGGACAAACUGGAAGUGGGAAAACACAUACGAUGGGCGGAGACUUUUCAGGAAAGAACCAGGACUGCUCUAAAGGGAUCUACGCUCUGUCCGCCAGAGACGUUUUUCUCAUGUUGAAGAAGCCAAACUACAAGAAGUUGGAUCUGCAAGUCUUUGCCACGUUUUUUGAGAUUUACAGCGGGAAGGUGUUCGAUCUACUAAACCGUAAAGCCAAGUUACGGGUCCUGGAGGACGGGAAGCAGCAGGUGCAGGUGGUGGGGCUGCAGGAGCGGGAGGUGAAGUGCACGGAGGACGUCCUCAAACUCAUCGAAGUGGGAAACAGCUGCAGGACGUCUGGACAGACCUCGGCCAACGCUCACUCCUCUCGGAGCCACGCCGUGUUUCAGAUCAUCCUGCGUCGACGGGGGAAGAUGCACGGGAAGUUUUCCCUCAUCGACCUGGCGGGGAACGAGAGAGGGGCGGACACAUCCAGCGCUGACCGCCAGACUCGCCUCGAAGGAGCCGAGAUCAACAAGAGCCUGCUGGCACUCAAGGAGUGCAUUCGAGCCCUGGGCCGAAACAAACCCCACACUCCCUUCAGAGCCAGCAAGUUGACCCAAGUGCUGAGGGACUCCUUCAUAGGAGAAAACUCCAGAACAUGCAUGAUCGCCACCAUCUCUCCUGGAAUGGCGUCUUGUGAAAACACCCUGAACACGCUGCGAUACGCCAACAGGGUGAAGGAGUUUGGGAUAAGUCCCUCAGACAUUCCCUUCACCCAGAGCGGGGGAGGAGGGGGUCGCUCUGAGCUCUCUCCGACUUAUGAGGUGAAGGAGCUCACAGUGGACCCGGCGGCAGCCAUGGAGAGCCGUCAGGGGGGACACGUCAACCAGCUGGAGGUGCUGGAGGCUCAGUGGGGAGUCGGCAGCUCUCCACAGAGAGACGACCUGAAGCUGCUCUGUGAACAGAACGAGGAGGAGGUUUCCCCGCAGCUCUUCACUUUCCAUGAGGCCGUCUCUCAGCUGGUGGAGAUGGAGGAGCAGGUCCUGGAGGAUCACAGGGCCGUGUUCCAGGAGUCGAUCCGCUGGCUGGAAGAUGAGAAGGUGCUCCUGGAAAUGACGGAGGAGGUGGACUAUGACGUCGAGUCAUAUGCAACUCAACUAGAACAAAUCCUGGACCAGAAGAUUGACAUUCUCACUGAGCUGAGAGAUAAAGUCAAGUCCUUCCGCUGUACACUCCAAGAAGAGGAGCAAGCUAGCAAACAAAUUACCCCUAAGAGGCCUCGUGCACUUUAGACGCCCAUAAAAUACGUGAUGUUUCACUGUAAUAUUGACUUGUCCCGAGAAAGGUGAAGGCCUGUCGCCGAGGAGCUCAGCUGUGGUUUUAUGACUUACUGUCUCUGUGUGUUUGGUUUGCUCCCUCGACCUCUUUUUGCUGUACAGGCUGCCAUCGCUUCCCAUCAUCCAUCCGUCCACCUGUAAAACCAAAGAGCAGACCGUUGAUGCUCUCCAUUCUCCUGUGAAGUGUAUUUACAAGCUUUCUGUAUGUGCGCUAAGUCACAAGUGCUUCAUUUAAACAACAACAACAAAAAAAAAAAAAGGCAAAUAAUUAUUUGUUUUAAAUGAACUUUUAUAGAUUCAAUCAUAGCUUAUCCUCACCACGGCCAAUUUUAUAAACAGCUGUUGCCAUUUUGUGCAAUAUCUGGAGGAUUCUCUUCCCGUUUGUCCCCUUGUCUCAGCUCAGGGGCGAACAGAGCAUGAGCUGAGUUUGUGUGUAAAAUGAGCCACUGUGUGUUUGUGUUGAUACUGUAUGUAAUAUAGGUUUGACUGAGAGAAAGCCUAAGACACAAAAAUAAUCGUACAUUACAUUAACUGACCUGAUGAGGGCACUAUAAUCAAAGACAAAGCAGAUGAUUUCCAGACAACAUUUACACAAAGUGUUUUUUUCAUUUGCCAUAAUAAAGAAAUGCUACUUGUUGUUGCUGUACUUCUUUUUAUUUAUUCCUUAAAAUCUCAAUCUUUUUAAAUGUUUAAAUUAUGAUAGAAGCCUUGAGCUGUUACAGCAGGCAGGUGCUGUGUGACAGUUGUCUCCCAGUUUAGCAUUUAU